AAAGUGAAUAUGGUUUUUGCUCACAGAAUGGAUAACAGCAAGCCGCCUUUGGUUAUUCCUACGCUUCUGGUGCCCCUCCAAAACCACAGCUGCGCUGAAACAGCCACACUUCUGCCAAGCCAUGAUCUGAUGGAAUUCUAUAAGGAGCACAGUUGGGAAAGCAACAGAACAGAUCUGCGUUAUGAACCGAAACCCGGAGAAGUGGCCACAGCCAGCAUUUUCUUUGGGACCCUGUGGUUGUUUUCUAUCUUUGGCAAUUCCCUGGUUUGUUUGGUCAUCCAUAGGAGCAGGAGGACUCAGUCCACCACCAACUACUUUGUGGUGUCCAUGGCAUGUGCCGAUCUUCUUGUUAGUGUUGCCAGCACGCCUUUUGUCCUGUUUCAGUUCACCGCUGGAAGGUGGACGCUUGGGAGUGCAAUGUGCAAGGUUGUACGAUAUUUUCAGUACCUCACCCCAGGUGUCCAGAUCUAUGUUCUCCUCUCCAUCUGCAUUGACCGGUUCUAUACCAUUGUCUACCCCCUGAGCUUCAAGGUAUCUAGAGAAAAAGCCAAGAAGAUGAUUGCUGCAUCGUGGAUCUUUGACGCAGCCUUUGUGACCCCAGUGUUCUUUUUCUAUGGCUCCAACUGGGACAAUCACUGUAAUUAUUUUCUCCCUUCCUCUUGGGAAGGAACUGCCUAUACCGUCAUCCACUUCUUGGUGGGCUUUGUGAUUCCAUCUGUCCUCAUAAUCUUAUUUUACCAAAAGGUCAUAAAGUAUAUUUGGAGGAUAGGCACUGAUGGCAGAACAGUAAGGAGAACAAUGAACAUUGUCCCAAGGACAAAAGUGAAAACCAUCAAGAUGUUCCUCAUUUUAAAUCUAUUGUUUUUGCUCUCCUGGCUGCCUUUUCAUGUAGCUCAGCUGUGGCACCCCCACGAACAGGACUACAGGAAAAGUUCCCUUGUUUUCACAGCUAUCACUUGGAUAUCCUUUAGCUCUUCAGCCUCUAAACCGACGCUAUAUUCAAUUUAUAAUGCCAAUUUUAGGAGAGGGAUGAAAGAGACUUUUUGCAUGUCCUCUAUGAAAUGUUACCGAAGCAAUGCCUAUACGAUCACAACCAGUUCAAGGAUGGCCAAAAAAAACUAUGUUGGCAUCUCAGAUAUCCCUCCCACAGCCAAAACUAUCACCAAAGACUCAAUCUACGAUUCAUUUGACAGAGAAGCCAAGGAAAAAAAGCUUGCUUGGCCCAUUAACUCAAAUCCACCAAAUACUUUUGUCUAAUUUCUCAGAAUUCAA